AUGUUUCUAUCUAUAUCAGCUACUUUCCCGCCCUCGAAAAAAUCCAGAAAGCCAUCCAUUCUCACUUACUUUCUACAAGACCCCGGGCGCAGACAAAUCAGAAACAAAUCGCACUCACAAGAAAAAUAUACCAUUAAAAUGUUCUCACCUCAAAUCUUGCGCGCUAUUGGAUGGCGCACUGUCAAAAAUACAGACUACGAUGGCGCAGUCCUUACAUUUUGGGAUCCGGAUGAAGAACGCGAUUCCUGGUCAUAUCCCGAACCAGUGAAACCAUGUCCAUAUACCCACGAAGGCGCAAGAGCUAUUGCAGCAGAAGAAAAGAAGAAAAAACAAGAAAAGCUCAGAGCCGCUCGCAGAGCCGCAAUCUUAGGAAUCUCUAACUAUGAGAACGAUACAAGCCAUGCCGACAUUGAUGAGGCAGUUGGGAAGUUUGAGGAAGACGAGGAAGAUGGCUGUACAGUCGAGGGGAGUGACGAACCACUUGAAUUCUGCGAUGAUUGGUUUUCAAGACCUUUACCACAAGAACAUGGCACACGUGAAGCAAAAGCUGGUGAUGGCUCAAAGCGUUGCAAUCUUCUGCAGGGAGAAAUCAUUGACGAAGAAAAAGAUUCUGAUAGAUGUGGAUGGGAUACAGCAGGAAUGGCGACGGAAUCGAUCCAAGAUUUGGGCGUCCUCACAUAUGAAGAGGAUGCUGAUAGCGAUUUUGAUUCCUAUCUCGGGGAUAGCUUUGUCUCAAUGUUCGAGGAGGAAGCUGCGGUUUCACCAAAUCAAACUUGCAAAGAAGAGUGCUCUUGUGGAUGCAACUCGGAAUUUGUCGAGAUCGACGACACAAACACAAUGCAUGGCUUGAAUGGAGUUGAGAAGACGGGGUCUUCGGCUCGGGCUGUUAUUGCAGCUCAACCGGGGCUUUGGCGAUCAAUGAUUGCUUGCAGACCAUUUGAAAGAGCACGUCGUCCGCAUAUUGUUAUGCCGGGAAGUUUGGCAGGCGGUCUAAAUAUGUGGGCGACUUUGCGAGAAUCGAAAUGGGUUCGAACUGCGGAGCAAGAUAUGACACUCAAGAAAUAUGCUCGUUGUUAUAAGUCUAUAUCUUCUUUCCUAGAAGCUUAG